AAAUGUGUAAUCGCUUAGUGUGGCGAACAGUUUCGAGUGGCGUUGCGUUCAACGAUGUAUUUUGUUAUGGAUUUGUAUCUCAUCGUUUUGUGUCUGCUAGUCAUCUACAUUAAGGAUAGUCUUCAAGGACCGCACGAGAAACGACUGUUGAACAAUCUAUUGGCAACGUACAACACGCUUGAACGCCCGGUCGCCAACGAGUCCGAUCCGCUGGAAGUUAAGUUCGGGCUGACGCUGCAGCAAAUAAUCGAUGUUGACGAAAAAAAUCAGAUACUUACUACCAACGCUUGGUUGAAUCUGGACGAGAAGAAUCAACUUUUAAUAACGAACAUAUGGCUGUCGUUGGAAUGGAACGAUUACAACUUGCGCUGGAACGAUUCCGAAUACGGUGGUGUGAGGGAUUUGAGAAUUACCCCGAACAAGCUCUGGAAGCCGGACGUGUUGAUGUACAACAGUGCUGAUGAAGGAUUCGACGGAACAUAUCAUACGAACAUAGUUGUGAAAAACAAUGGAAGCUGUUUAUAUGUUCCUCCCGGUAUUUUUAAAAGCACGUGCAAAAUCGAUAUCACGUGGUUUCCGUUUGAUGAUCAGCACUGCGAGAUGAAGUUCGGAAGUUGGACGUACGAUGGCAAUCAGUUGGAUCUCGUACUCAACUCGGACGAUGGAGGAGAUCUUUCAGAUUUCAUCACGAACGGCGAAUGGUAUCUCAUAGGAAUGCCCGGAAAGAAAAAUACAAUAACAUAUCAGUGUUGCCCGGAGCCGUACGUGGAUAUAACGUUCACCAUACAGAUACGGCGGCGGACACUUUACUACUUCUUCAAUUUGAUAGUUCCAUGUGUAUUAAUUUCUUCGAUGGCCCUGCUCGGAUUUACGCUUCCACCAGAUUCGGGUGAAAAGUUGACUUUAGGUGUAACUAUACUGCUAUCACUCACUGUAUUCCUUAAUUUAGUUGCGGAGACGUUACCUCAAGUAUCCGAUGCAAUUCCGUUACUAGGAACGUACUUCAACUGUAUUAUGUUUAUGGUAGCGUCGUCGGUUGUGCUGACGGUUGUCGUACUAAAUUACCAUCACCGAACGGCGGAUAUCCACGAGAUGCCUCCAUGGAUUAAAUCCGUUUUCCUGCAAUGGUUACCGUGGAUACUGCGAAUGGGUCGUCCGGGUAGAAAGAUCACACGCAAAACUAUUAUCCUGAGCAAUCGCAUGAAAGAGCUCGAGCUGAAGGAAAGAUCAUCGAAAUCGCUGCUCGCGAACGUGCUAGACAUUGAUGACGAUUUUCGACAUCCUUGCUCCGGUAUCUCUGGCUCCACAACCGCAAUAGGGGGUUCGGUGUUUACGCGUCUUACAACGGUCGAAGAGCAGAAUGCCAGCUCCGGCUGUACGCAUAAGGAUUUGCACCAUAUACUGAAGGAAUUGCAGUUCAUCACGAACCGUAUGAAGAAAGCGGACGAAGAAGCGGAAUUGAUCAGUGACUGGAAGUUCGCGGCGAUGGUUGUUGACAGAUUUUGCCUUUUCGUAUUUACAUUAUUCACAAUAAUAGCGACGGUCACUGUGCUUCUAUCGGCUCCUCAUAUAAUAGUGCAAUAAAACUUGGAAUAAAGGCUUGAUCACUGGACCGCUGCUGUUCGGUGUAUCGGGUGUGUUAUGUUUCGUAUAAACAGAAAGGCAAAGCAAACCAACAACCAGUAUAUAUAUAUACACACACGUAUAAAAUAUAUAUAUAUUUUAUAUAUAUAAGUAGUGCCGUAUGAAAUUAGUUACACAGCAGUGAUUUCUAGCUAAAGCAAAACGUUAGUGGAAGCGAAAUUUUAAAACGAAUCCAAUUACCAAAUGACGCCGAACUGCCGAAUUCUCGUACCACAACAUUCACACUCACUGAUAGUACAGAUGCAGGGCCAAGCCGGAACACAGCGGGCAAAACACCGUUUUCCACCAUCGAGAAUUGCACACCUUAGCUGGAAGGGUGUGCACGAUCGACGGCAACACGGAGCGAGUGCUACAUCAUCGUACUCAUGAAAAAGGCUUGGUGCCGGUGCUUGCAUUUUUGCAUUCCUUUCAUCUUUCAACACAUCCAUCCACACGUUGGGAAGCAGCAUGCGCGUGAAAUGGAAUUGAACCACUGUUUGUUCCGAGGCGUGUUGCGGUCCGUUAUAGUUUUAUCAUGUUUUUAAAAAAAACCGAACAGUCGUCAUUUCGUUUCGUGUGUCUCCGUUAUGCGUACACCAACAGUAAAAACAACUAGAUGCAAUAGGAUAGAUUGCAGGUGGAUGAGUGAAACGUGACGAAAAGAUGAACAAUGUCAGCCAACAGCAGGACGCGUUUGUUUGAUGCCACAACAUAAGUAACAAUUGCUACCUAUUGCUGCCAACACCAACAUCAACAUGGCAGGGAAGCAUAAAAUUGCAGCAAAACAUAAAUGGUAAAAGAAGCAGAAGCGAAAAUGAAAACCACACUGGUUCCAUUUAUAAUGAAACCACAUAUAUUCGAGGGCUAUAAUAGUGGUCGCCGGCAAGAGUUGCGAACUGCAAAACGACUGCAAUCGAUGGCACACGAACGUACGUGUAAAACAAUACCACCAAAGAAGCACAAUGCGCGUAAUUGUAACGGAACAACAGGGACAAACAAGGAGACACUUGGAGAUAUUGUGAAGGAAGAAUCCAAGAGAUAAAGCGAAUGUGGGCGUAAGGGGAAAUAUAAUGAGUGCAGGCAAAGGAAAUUGGGCUCGGGAAUAAGUAUAUUUAAUCAAGCAUCUUGAUUUGAUACGAGAGCAACGUUUGAUACUGUAGUGUUGUAUUUUUGGAAAUAGUAUACUAAGUGUACUGCAGAAAAUCGAACGACUUGAUUGAAGUACUUUUAUAUUGAAGACUACUCAUCUAUAUGUAGAUGGUGUAAUGGUAAAUUAUUUUAAUUGUGUUUUAAACAAACAAAGAAAAAAAUCAAUACUUACAAUGAUAAGCAGGCUGAGCAUCAUGUAUGUGAACAUGUGUGUGUGUGUGUGUGUGCAUCAUGUGAGAAUACACGGAAGCAUUACAUUAAGUAGCUAAAGAUAAAAAUCACGUAUAUGUUUAAUAUAUGCGUGAGGAAAAGCGACGUCGAUGGAGGAGAGAAAACGAGAACGAGAAGGAAAACACACAGAAAAGAAAAAUGUCAUAGCUCGAAUAACUUAUAAAUUGCUCGUACACGGUGCAAACGAAACUCUAAGAAAAUCACGACUCUCUUAUUAGAAGAAGCAAAUCGAAUAGGUGCAACAAAUAAUUAUGAUAAACGAUAUGAGAAUACAGAUAGGUGAAAUAUAUACAUAAAUACACAGAGACAAAAAGAGAGCGAGAGAUAGAGAGAAAGAGAGCACAUGUUAGAGAACGGGUGCGAAGUAUCACUACAUCUCUGGCAAAAACACAUUCACUUUCACUAGAGCAUGUUACGCGUGACCGUUAUUCAGUAGCCAAAUAAGAUUACUCCGAAGCCAGAAAUCCAUGCAGCUUAGCGAUAGGUUUCAGCUAACGUAACGACAGUGUUUAGAGAUGUGCAGUCCAAUGCGCAAUACGCGGCGGACCAUCGAAUCAUAAACAUGCAAACCUUCUGUGAAACUUCUUACAAAAUAGAAGUAAAACGUUAAGGCGAAGAAGCAAAAAACCAAAAAAAAAACGCAAAGAAAGCAAUGCAAAUACAAGCUGAAUGCACAGUAUUUCUAGAGGCUACAGAUGCUAUACUCGUUAUUCGGUAACGUUUGCGGGGGCUGAGCUUGUCCCAUUUUUUAGUUUGACGCGGAAUCGUUACUCCUAGCGUCAAGAUUGUUAUAAGUAAAUAGGGAAGCAGAAAAAAUGGCGGUAAAAGUGCGUAGCCUCGAUGUGUGUUGAAUGAUAGAGAACGAUUUAGUGCAGAGUGGAGUUCCAAAAACCAAAAAGAAACGCUUACGUUAAUUGUGCAAUUAGUUUUGGACUGUUUUUUGUUGGUACAAUCUAGAAUCUACUGACACACUAUUAUCAGUCUAUUUGGCAAUGGUUUAUGAUGCUUCUACAGCAACUGCUACUACUACUACUACUACUACUACUACUACUACUACUACUACUAUACGAAUACGAGCUACUACUAGCUGCUACUGGAUGACAACACAAACACAAAAGCUAUUAACUACAGAAAACUACUAUUAUUAGUACCACGCUACUACUGCUGCUACGGCUAAUACUGUUAUUGCUACUACUAUCACUACUACAACUACUACUACUACUGCAAAAUAAUGCUAUUGACGCUCUGUUCUUCAACCUUAAAGUCCUGCCUGAACUUAAAGCAAACCGUGGAACACGCCAUUGUUCCGACAGCGAUGGGUGAUCGGUAGUAGAUCGAACCAUGUGUAUACUACGCACUAGUUUACAACCACAGAAGUGAGCGUUGCAAUCAAAACUAUCGUACUGUUCGGUGAAAGGGUAUAGUAGCAACAGAAACGUAUUUGUGCCACCAAUGCACGCCAACAGACAACUGGCGGGACAAGUCUUUGUUAUCUUUACACGUAGAGCGCAGGUGCAGGUUUACUAAUAUGUUCCUUGCAAAACAACAUACACUAUUUCGUAACGGUCGUUUUUUCACUAUUUUACGGGGCCAUAUUUGCCAGCGGAAAAAAAGGUUGUAUCUCGCAUUUGGCAUUGUCCGUACAUUUGCUAUCCGAUUUAUACUUACGCACUUACGCACACAGAUACGCAUACUCACCAGACCACAACCCACCCAAUAACCGGGUGUUUUUUUAAAUGGAUGGGUUUGUCAUAAUUUUGUACUGUAGCCAUUUACUCAGUCGCACACGUAGCUACUAAUACUAUUCGGUCGAGUACACUGAUCCUUUCAUUGCUCGUUAAUGAGAUCUACCUGACUUUGCGCAGGUUUGUUAUCGCCUAGCGCUCACUGGUGUCGGUCAGUCGGCAACACACACACACAGUUCAAGGGACUUUUGAGGUUUAGGGUUUUUGUGUUCCACCUACCUAAUAGCAGUGAUCGGUUCGUCGACAAAGUAAUGCAAAUCAAAAUAAGUGAAAGGGAGAGGAAACGAUAAGAAGUGCAAGCAAAAAUACAUAGGCACAACACAGAAUAUUAUAUAUUACUGGAUUGCAUUUGUAAUGAGCACAAACCGUUUGGUCCCGUGGGCUAAACAUUUCGAAGAGAAUUAUAGUACAGUUCUAUACUUAUACAUGCAAAGGAAAACAAACAAAAAAACAUUUAUACAUAUAUAGAGGUAUAUAUAUAUAUAUGUAUAUAACCAAGUUACAUAUAGGUGCAUAUAUAAAUUAUAUAUUCAUUAUGUAUUUAAUUUAUGUUACUCGUGAUUAUGUAAUAUGGUGCAGUAGUGAGUGGUUUAGUUUAUAUCAAAUUGACAAACAUCUUGUUAGAGACGCUUCAGAUGGAUGGAACCGGGGUGUUGCUAGCGAGCAGGUGGCAACUUUAGUAUUAAAAGUGUUCACAGUAGCGCAAAUCUACAGCAAUGCUGCAAAACAAAGCAAACAAAAAAAAAAGAUUUGUUGUAGUUGAAGGUUUUGAUUUCCGUUGUCUGUUACUUCAUUGUCUUCCUUAACUUUGUCACCAAUGCUUAGUGAAUUGCCGGUUGCGCUGUUCUGGCAACGAACAGAUACAUCGUUUUUAAGGCUAUCAGACUCCUCACAUCACCGGCCAAGGAGCAAUUAUUUAAAUCCCGUUCCAAUAACAGAUACAGCACCACCACCUAUGCAACACUCACAUGGUGAGUUAAGUUUACUGCGAGCUCUUAGUAAAGCUUGCCACGAGGGAUUGAAGCGCACACGCACCGAUGUUAUAAACCUGCACACAAUGCACACGAAACAAUCGAACAAACUGUUGCUGCAAUACUUGCACAGCUCGUGUCUAAGCGAAGCCGGCUCUUAAAACGUGUAACGGCUUCUCUGGUGCCAACAUAGGUUUGUUUCUUGGUUUGUUAUUUCGUUUACAUUCGCUCUAGUGACCAAAGUGUUUAUGGGCUACUAUUUUCGAUAGUAUGAACUACUAGGCACACACACUCUAUGCAUAGUUUUGAACGAAAUAAAAGACAGCAAGACGAUGAAAAAUAGUUGCGCUAAUUCUCCAUGCUCACACGAUGAAACGAUCGGUUAGCAGAGUGUGCUAGUAAAAAGGGAAACCAGAAUAAAACAAGAGUACUUAAGCUACUUUGUAUUUGUUGCCGUUGAUGAUUCAAGUGAUGUCGUAUCAUAUUUAUUGCAAAUAAUGCAGCAGACGCGCAUUAUCAUUAUAAUGCAACAGAACGCCCAAAGAGAGACGAACGAAGAUGUCGGUACUAGUAUAGUGAAGUGAAUAGUAUUUGUGUGCGUGUGUGUGUGAGAGAGAGAAACAGAGAGAAAGAUAGAAAGAUCAAGAUACAAGUGAGCAUUAAGUGAUCGGAUGAUGGAGCAGACGAUCGAGAAGAAAUGUACCGAGCAUACACAAUUAAAACAAUCGUGAAAGAACAAUACUAUGCCCCCAUUGAAACCAAAAAAAAAACAAAACUUAAGAAAGACAUAAAAAAAACGUAAAUGAAAUGAUGUGGCAUCGAAUGUCCACCGCACGAAAUUUUACCGUUUAGAGUUCAUUUUUUACGUUUUUUAUUAGCCCUGUUAGAGGGAGACAAAACUGGGACAAUUUAUGUAGAAUGUAAAACUACUGUUACUGUUUGUAUUGCAGAUAUAUUUAUACGAAUGUCUACUACUUGUCGCACCUUUUUCAUCUCCGGUGCCGUGCGGUACCGGAGAGUCAAAAGAAGUAAAAACCAAAAACAAAACAAAGAGGAAGAAGAAGAAGGAGAAAAAACAACAACUACACACACAGAACAGAUGAAAAAAAGUCAUUUCGUUGGGAAAUGCGAAUUUACAUAGAAAAAAAGGAAAUAUUUAUGUACCGUUUUACACGUCUUUUUCCGACACGCGUUCUUUCCGUUAGGAAGAGAUUAGCAAAAGAAGAAAAAAAGCAGGAAAUAGAGAGCAUGAUCGAGGAAGAGAAUGUAGUGAAAGAGAGGGUGAAAGAGAGAGAGAGAGAGAAAGAGAUAGGAAAAAAUUUCGUUGAUGGAUAUUCCGUGCUAUCGUGGUAGUAGAUCAGCAAUGGCUGACAGCACAACCGAUGGCAACUACUCGCAAAUGGUGGACAAGACAUUAGGCAGCAUCCGGCUCCAUUGGGCAAACUGACGUUCGCAACAUUCAUUUUCGAAUGGAACAGCAAAACAUUGGCCAAAAAAAACACAGCACAUCCGAUCGUGAUGCUAGCGUACUUUCCAAGAAUAGGAACCACAUGCACUAUAGAGAAACUAUAGGGCAAGUCUGUACUUAGUACAAGUCUGUACUAAAGUAAAACUAAUAUCUAUAGCUAGCGGGGAAGAUCUUACUAAUGUAAGCAAAUGCUAACCAAUCGAACGCGAUUGCGUUCUUCGUAGUUACUCUAUCCGGCUCUGGAUGGACACAUCGUUGAUAAUCUACAUCUCCAGAUCCCUGUGCGAGUAGCGUACGUUACAUCUCUACGAGUGUACUUUACGGUCCGUAUCCGUUUUAGGAUAACUACCAGAUAGCAAACGGUGACACUAACUUAGGGCUGUAUUAAGACCUGCCAGAAAGGAAACCCGUUACAUAUACAGACAGCAAACCGGGAACUCUGGGGUUGCCCACUUGCUUGGAAAAGGGAAAACACUAUUGAAGCAUACUGUUUCACGUACUAAACGAGCAUUACCACCGACAGGAAUUGAGCAGAACGUAGUGGAUUUGCAGGCAUGUAAAGGGUCCGGAACUUGUAUCGGAUGCCCGAGGUACAAUCCAACUUGUUUUUUAACGCAAGUACAGGGCAACCGCUGCUAACCCCUACCGAGGCACAUUUUAAUCAAGACUUGUGGCAAAGUUUCCCGUGAAACAAUCGGUUCGUUUUGUGACCACCGACCACUAGACUAGCAGCAGGGGUU